UCCAGUUCAAUCCUUCUUUUUUUUCGGGCAUUUUAUUCCGCAACUGAUAAUUAAUAGGGUAACUUUUUAAUCUCUUGAUCACAUAUCGGUCUUUAAAGAUUUUCUACAGAUCGCCCGGCAUGCAUCAAGAUUUUCAGAUUUGGAAAGUCAAUCAAUCAUAUUGUGUGUACCGUCCGCGUUAGGUGAAUCUAAAAGGAAUCUGCAAAGAGACUGUGAAUCUCUUUUUCAUCAAUACUUUAUUUUCAAAGUAGCAUUAUUCUUCAUACUUAGCCGUCAACAGCCACUCCUAGAACAAAAUUUGAAUAGAGGAGGAGCCACCAUGACUAAUCUUGAUUCAACUGGAGUGCCAAGUCCAAGCAGGCUUGAGGGAAAAUACAAGGCAAUGGUGGUUUGUUUUUUUCUUGGAUUGGGAUCCCUUGUCUCAUGGAACAGUAUGCUGACAAUAGGAGAUUACUACUAUAAUUUGUUCCCAAAUUACCAUCCUGCACGGGUCCUCACUCUGGUUUAUCAACCAUUUGCGCUUGGGACAAUGGCAUUACUCGCAUACAACGAGGCAAAGAUUGAUACAAGGAAACGGAACGUGAUGGGUUAUAUUCUUUUCUUCUUAAGCACUUUGGGACUUCUUGUUUUGGACCUAGGCACGUCAGGAAAAGGGGGAAUUGGAAAUUAUAUUGGCAUUUGUGUUUUCGUUGCUGCUUUUGGAGUAGCAGAUGCUCAUGUUCAAGGCGGAAUGGUCGGAGAUCUAUCUUUCAUGUGUCCUGAAUUUGUCCAGUCAUUUUUUGCUGGUUUGGCUGCAUCCGGGGCUCUCACUUCUGCCUUACGUCUAAUAACAAAAGCAGCUUUCGAUAAGUCUAGUAAUGGCCUCCGUAAAGGAGUUAUGUUGUUUCUCGCCAUCUCCACAUUCUUUGAAUUUCUAUGUAUUUUCUUGUACGCGUUUGUCUUCGCCAAGCUACCAAUUGUGAAGUACUAUCGCACAAAAGCAGCUUCAGAAGGAUCAAAAACAGUUAAUGCCGACCUUGCUGCUGCUGGCAUUAAUACUGAAGAAACUGCAGCUCUUUUAUUAUCGAUGCAGGCUGACAUUGCCAAACAUGAGAGGCUGAGCAACAAACAACUUUUAUUUCAGAAUUUUGAUUAUGCAUUGGACCUCUACCUUAUAUAUGUUCUCACAUUAUCAAUUUUUCCUGGGUUCUUGUUUGAAAACACUGGAUCCCACCAGUUGGGCUCUUGGUAUCCGGUUGUCCUGAUAGCAAUGUACAACUUGUUGGAUCUUAUAGGACGAUACACUCCACUUAUAAAAAGUAUCAAGCUAGAAUCCCGAAAGGGCCUAUUGAUAGCUUCAUUAUCGCGUUUCUUGCUCAUUCCCGCUUUCUACUUCACCGCAAAGUACGGUGAUCAGGGAUAUAUGAUACUGCUUGUAUCCUUCUUAGGACUAACAAAUGGUCACCUCACUGUCUGUGUCCUCACAGCAGCUCCUAAAGGUUAUAAGGCACCAGAGCAGAAUGCAUUGGGUAAUUUGCUAGUACUAUUUCUUCUUGGUGGCAUUUUUUCGGGCGUUGCUCUAGAUUGGCUGUGGAUUAUUGGUAAUGGAAAGUUUUAAGAGAGCAACAUAGUGUUUUCUGGAUAAAGGAAUAUGCUUGGUGCAAGUUUGGUCGAAAAGAUUUUAUGCUACGUGACAGUAUUAAAGAAGAAAAAAAAUUAAAAUCUAUUUAUUGUAAUAUCCAGAGUAACAAACACGUCCUUACUGAUUUAAGUUUUUAUGCACUGUAACUUGUGAAAUUAUUUGGGUGGUAAAUAGAAUUUUAAUACAUCAGAAUGAUGAUUCUUAUA